UGAGCAUCGCAUCUCAUUAUGAGCAUCGCAUCUCACCAGUGUCCACCUAGUACUUGCCCACUUCUGUCUGUUCCUUGAUAGACACUUUUGUGUAGGGCUUAGGGGGUUUUUCUUUGGGUCAUUGGCUGCUCUGAGAUUCAUGGGUGUCAUUGACAUCUACAACGCCUCCUCUCUCUGCUUCAUCAAACCCAACACCAGCUUUCAACAACUUGUGGUGCCUCAAUCGCAGAGACCCAGUUGCUCAAUCGAAGGAAACCGCGGGCGGGUCGUUGCUAUGGCCUCCAUUGUUCCUCCAAUGGAACAUGUCAAUGAGGGUCAACAGCGCUUGACCGGUGACUCCUUCAUUCGACCCCAUUUGAGGAAAUUAUCUCCUUAUCAGCCCAUUUUGCCUUUCGAGGUUUUGUCAUCGCAGCUCGGAAGGAAGCCUGAGGAAAUUAUCAAAUUAGAUGCUAAUGAAAACCCUUAUGGUCCUCCCCCCGAGGUUUUCGAAGCUUUGGGCUCAAUCAAGUUCCCAUAUGUCUAUCCAGACCCUGAGAGCCGUCGCUUGCGAGCUGCCCUUGCCAAAGAUUCAGGACUUGAAUCUGAUUAUAUUCUUGCAGGAUGUGGUGCGGAUGAGCUCAUUGAUUUGAUUAUGCGAUGUGUGCUUGAUCCUGGUGACAAAAUUGUGGACUGCCCUCCGACCUUUACAAUGUAUGAGUUUGAUGCUGCAGUUAAUGGGGCACUUGUAAUAAAAGUUCCAAGGAAGGCAGACUUUAGCUUGAAUGUGGAACAAAUAACAGAUGUUAUUGAACGAGAGAAACCCAAAUGCAUAUUUUUAACAUCUCCCAAUAAUCCAGAUGGGAGUGUAAUUGAUGAUGAAGCUCUUUUGAAAAUCCUUGAGCUUCCUAUCUUGGUGGUGCUGGAUGAAGCAUAUAUUGAGUUUUCAGGAAUAGAGUCCAGGAUGAAAUGGGUGAAGAAGCAUGAGAAUUUAAUUGUUCUUCGGACAUUUAGCAAAAGAGCUGGUUUAGCUGGACUUCGUGUUGGAUAUGGAGCUUUUCCUUUGAGCAUCAUCGAAUAUCUUUGGAGAGCAAAGCAACCUUAUAAUGUUUCAGUUGCUGCUGAAGUAUCUGCUUGUGCAGCUUUGGAGAAUCCCACAUAUCUUGAGAAAGUGAAAGAGGCUUUGGUACAAGAAAGGGUGAGGCUUUUUAAUCUUCUCAAGGAAGUGCCAUUUCUCAAUCCAUUUCCAAGCUAUUCUAAUUUCAUUCUUUGUGAGGUUGCAUCUGGAAUCGAUGCUAAGAAACUGAAGGAGGACCUUGCAAAAAUGGGUGUAAUGAUCCGCCAUUACAACAAGAAGGAAUUGAAGGGUUAUGUGCGUGUAUCUGUUGGGAAGCCUGAACACACAGAUGCCUUGAUGAAGUGCCUUACACGCCUGUCUUAAUACUUUUAACUGUGCAGGUGCAUCAUUUUAUUGAGCAGAUUUCAAAUUUGAAAUUGCGACUUCUAUACUGAAUCUACAUUUUUAAACCACAAUAUUUAUUUGAUUGUGGAAAGUGAACGAUACCUUCUUUUUCUCGUUGAAGCUGAAUGACACGUUUUUGUCUAGACAUAACAACAGAGGCUCAAUUAUCUUCAGAUAAUAAAAUCCUAUUUAUAUGCUUGCUUUCCUUGUGCCAA